AUGGCACCCUCUGGGAUAGGAGGAAACACUAUCGAAGGAUGUAUAUGGCUUUUGCCAAUAUACAUUCUUUUUUAUUGGGCUGUCCUGGGAAUUCUCUGGACCUACAGCAACUGUCAUGCGCUGCCGCCGCCGCCACCGCCACGCAAUGAUCUGCAGCCGCUCGGUGAUCCACAGCUGGGCAAUGCUCCGCCGCCGCCCGGUGAUCCGCAGCUGGGCAAUGCUCCGCCGCCGCCCGGUGAUCCGCAGCUGGGCAAUGCUCCGCCGCCGCCCGGUGAUCAGCAGCUGGGCAAUGCUCCGCCGCCGCCCGGUGAUCAGUAG